AUGUAUUCUCAGAGAGGCUCAGCAGCAGCAGCAGCAGCAGCUGCUGCUGCUGCUGCUGCUCGUGCUGCGGCAGCUGCAGCAAAAGCGGCGAAAAAAGGCUCAGCGCACAGGCACCAGAAGCCGCCCAGAGAACAGCAACAGCAGCAACAGGGGCGAACAGCAGCAGCAGCAGCAGCAGCAGCUGUUGCUGCUGCUGUUCUCGAAGCAAAGAAACGCCUAAGAAAACAAAGGAGGCACUUUCUGCUGCAGCAAAAGCUGCUGCAGCAGCCUCACUUCGUCACGCGUGACGAAUUGCUGCGGCGGAGAGACGCGCGUCUAAUGGCCUUCGUGCGGCAGCAGCUGAUGCUGCCGGAUUCUGCUGCAGCAGAAAACACUUUUGCUGCUGCUGCUGCUGCUGCUGCUGCUGCAAAGGGAGGCUCGCAGACGCAACGCGAAAAGGCAACCUCCUUGGGAUCGCCAAACGUUGUGCUGCUGACGGAGCGGCAGCGAAAAGUGCUGCUGCAGCGCAGCAGCGCCAGCAGCAGCAGCAACAGCAGCAGCAGCAGCAGCAGCAGCAGCAGCAGCGAUGUGCGGCCACAAGAGCAGCAGCAGGGGGAAAUCCGCAGCGGGGAAAGAAUAGCUCGGGGCUGCGGUGAUGCUGCUGAGCUGUUGCUGCCGGCACUGCAGCAGGAACAGCAGCAAGGGAACUGCCUCAGUGAGACUCCGCUGCUGCUUUCGCACCGCAGUGCAGCAGCAGCAGCAGCAGCUGCUGCUGCUGCUGUGUCUGCGCUGCCUCCGCCCCCAGAAUUCCCCAGCAGCUCAGCGCCGGUUCCUCUUCUUCCGCUGCAGCAGCAGCAGCAGCAGCUGCUGCUGCAGCGGAACGAGAGGGGGCACUCGGUGGAGGGUGCCACCGCAGCAGCAGCAGGAACUGUAGCAGCAGCUGCAGCAGCAGCUGCAGCAGCAGCUGCAGCAGGGGACCUGGUGUCACCCAGAGUGAUUAGUGCUGUCACUACACCGCGAGACACCAUUCGCUCUCUUCCGCAGACCCCCAUGGUGUCUGCGAGGGCUUCAAGAGGUGCUGCUGCUGCUGCUGCUGCUGCUGCUGCUGCUGCUGCUGCUGCUGCUGCUGCUCCUGGUGGGGACACCGGCUUGCGGCUCGAGGCUGUCACCGAGUGCGUCAACCGCGUGAGAGAGGCCCUGAGCCUGGAGAGCAAAAUAUCGAAGCUGCUCAUUCACUCAGAGCGCAGCAGCAGCAGCAGCAGCAGCAGCAGCAGCAGCAGCAGCAGCAGCAGCAGCUGCAGCGCGAGCAACACCUACAGACCCAGCAGCGCCAGCAUUGCCCUCUGCAGCAGCAACAACUUGCCAGAGCUGCAGCAGCCAGCAGCAAAUUCGCAGCAAGUGACCCCAAGGAUUUUCAGGCAGCAGCAAACUCCUCGCCUGCUGCAGCACAACGGCAGCAGCAGCAGCAGCAGCAGCAGCAGCGGAUGCCACACUCCACGGCAGGUUUCCACCGGCAGUGGAGAGAGGAUCUUCUCUUCCGUGCAACAGCACCUGCAGCGGAUGAUGCAGAAGCAGCAGCAGCAGCAGCAGCGGCAGCAGCAACAGCAGCUGCAGCAACAGCAGCUGCAGCAGCAGCAGCAGCAGCAGCAGCAGCAGCAGCAGCAAGAACAGGAUCUGCUGCUGCGUGGGGCUGCUGGGCCCUGCCGCCUAAACCCAUAUGAUGAUUCAGCUCUGGGCAAAUCAAAAGAAAGCCCCAGAACUUCUUUUACCUUUCUGCGUUCUGCAUGCACUUCUCCAAGAACAGCUAUUGGCAGCAGCAGCAGCAGCAGCAGCAGCAGCAGCAGCAGCAGCAGCAAAUGCAGCAUCCUCAGCAGCAGGAGCUUCAAGCAAACUUUGUUGAGAGAAACCGCAGACAGUGUACGGCCUGCAGCAGCCACAGAGCCGGCCGCAGCAGCAGCAGCAGCAACAACAGCAGCAGCAGCAGCAGCAACAACAACAACAACAGCAGCAGCAGCAGCAGCAGCAGCAGGGAAACCGCUGGACUGCCACCAAGAGAGGAUCAUCGUGCGGCACUCCUUCAGCAGCAUCUCUAGCUGCACCCUCACAAGGAGCUCGCAAGCUCAAGACUACGACGCCCGAAGGGGCGGCAGCCUGCUGCAGCAGCAGCAGCAGCAGCAGCAGCUGCAGCAGCAGCAGCAGCAGCAGCAGCUGUCACAUUGCUGCUGCAGCAAAAGGCAGAGACUUGCGCUGACUGCCUUUUGGCUCUUUAAGCAGCAACUUGAAAUUUGGGCUGCAGCAGCAGCAAAGAAGCUCUGGGCGAAAGCAGCAGAGCCUGUGGGGCCACAGAGUUUGCUGCUGCUGCUGCUGCCUUUGCUGCUGCUGCUGCUGCUGCUGCUGGAGGCUCUUGUGGCUCGUCAGCAGCAAAACUCUCUGGCGCAGCAGCAAAUGCAAAGGCCUGGAGUGUGGGGCUGCUGCAAAAGCCAGCAGCAAAUCGCAUAA